AAAAGAAAAAAAAGGGGGAAAUCUAAAACCACACAAACCAACCAGCCCCCUUCCGCUCGCUCAUCAAAGCCCCCCUUAUCCAGCAGAAUGAUGCCCCUCCUCCUCCUCCUCCUCCUCCUCCCCUCCCUCCUCACCCUCACCCUCUCCCUCCCAACCCCCAGCAGCGAUCCAACGCCAGCUCCAUGGCCCCACCAAUUCCACUCGGUCCUCUUCAUGAACUACAGCGGCGCCCUCUCCCUCAUCGACCUCUGGUACGACUGGCCCAUGGGCCGCAACUUCAACAUCAUGCAGGACCAGCUCGGGGGCCCACCCUUCUACCCGCAGGCCCGUUCACUGGGUUUUCUACACUGGGAUGGAGGAGAAAAAAUUGUUUUAUUCGAAACGCCUCGUGAUCUUCAACCAAUUAUGUGCUUCAAUAUAAUUACCUGGAGUAAGCGCUAUAGCUUGUUUCCAAUACUCAGCAGCUUGAUCGGACCAAGCCUCCGCAAUUUCAGAAUCACCCUGCAGAAUGGCCUGUUCUCCCCGGUUGGAAUAGGGAGAUCUAUUCAUGUAAUGACAUUUGAGGUGGGAGCUGUGCUCGAGGAUGAGAAAUGGCAAGCGCCUGUUUACUGCUUUGACAAGGGAGAGAAGGAAGAGAACACAAUGCACAACUCCAUCAUUUCUGAGCACUUGAAGAGGAGAGCGAUACAGAAGAAGGCUACGACUCUAAGCAAACUCUGAGCGUUUUUAUUGUUUGAUUUUCAGAAAAUUGCAGUAUGUUCUCUCAAUGACUUGCUUUUAUGUAAUCUCUGCAACUGAUAAUAAUGCAAUGUUUCUUCUCUCACCUA